CCCAGCCUUAUCCAAGAUCUUCGCCUACUAGUUCUAUUCCAUAUAUCGAGCAGCAUGGCGAUGGAAGCCCACGGAUCUACACAGCAUUCUUCAGUGCCAUGCAAUGGCGAUGGAACCAUUCGCUGCCUUGCAAACUACCACCCUACUGUUUGGGGUGAUUACUUCAUUGAAAACUAUCCAUUACUUUCGAACCUUCAGAAAUCAGAGGCAUGUAUUGGAAAGAGGAUAGGAGAGCUAAAAGAGGAAGUAAAGAACUUGCUAAAAAAUGCUAAUGAUCACUUGCAAGAGAUGGAAUUAAUUGAUGCACUUCAACGCCUGGGAGUGGCAUAUCACUUUGAAAAGGAGAUAGAUGAGAUACUAAGCCAAAUAUAUCAUGCCCAUAUUGAGGGUGAAGAUUUGCAUGCUGUUGCCCUUCGUUUUCGACUCUUGAGACAGCAUGGCUAUAACAUAUCCACAAAUAUUUUUAUCAAGUUCAAAGAAGUUGAAGGGGGUUUCAAUGCUACCUUAAGAAAUGAUGUGAAGGGUUUGUUAAGCCUAUAUGAAGCUGCUUAUCUUGGCACCCUAGAAGAUGAUGUAUUGGAUGAAGCACUUAAUUUUGCAAAAGUACAUCUCAAGUCCAUGGAAAGGCAGAUGAGAACACCUCUUGCAACACGAGUAUUAGAUGCCCUUGAGGUGCCUUUACAUAGGAGAAUGGGGAGGUUAGAGGCAAAGAAUUAUAUCUCCAUUUACCAAGAAGAUGAGAGCCGAAUUAAUGUGGUACUGGAGCUCGCAAAGUUGGAUUUUCAUGUGCUGCAAUCAAUUCAUAGAGAAGAAGUCAGGAGCAUCUCCAUGUGGUGGAAAGCACUUGGCCUUGCGAAAAAGCUAACCUUCAGCAGGGACAGAGUAGUCGAGUGUUAUUUUUGGAUUCUUGGGGUAUAUUUUGAGCCUCAUUAUUCUCGAGCUCGAAUUUAUAUGACAAAGUUCAUCGCUUUACUCUCAAUCAUGGAUGAUAUCUAUGAUAAUUAUGGAACGGUAGAGGAACUCCAGACAUUUACUGAAGUAAUCCAAAGAUGGGACAUAGAGGCAGCGGAUCAGCUAGAGGAGUUCUUUAAACUCCUUUUCCUUAAUCUAUAUAACACAUUCAAGGAAUUUGAGGACGAUCUCGCAGAGGAGGGAAACUCAUAUAGAGUGGACUAUCUUAAAGAAUCACUCAAAAAAUUAUCGAGGGCUUAUUUUGAAGAAGCCAAAUGGAGGGAUGAAGGUUACGAGCCACCUCUUAAAGAAUAUCUGAAUGUUUCACUGAUCUCCUGUUGCUAUGCUAUACUAUCAUGCGCUUCUUUUGUUGGUAUGGGAGAAGAAGCAACGAAGGAGGCAUUCGAUUGGGUUACAAGCUUCCCAAGAAUCAUAAAGGCUAUAUCCAUGAUCUGCCGGCUCCUGGAUGAUGUUGUAUCCAAUGAGUUUGAACAAGAGAGGAAGCAUGUCUCAUCGGCUGUCCAGUGCUACGUUAAAGAGCAUGGCACUUCAGUGCAGGAGGCAUGUGAGAAGCUACUGGGGAUGAUCGAAGACGAAUGGAAAAUUCUGAACCAUGAGUGUCUUCAUAUGGCUGCCAUGCCAACGUCUUUGAUCAUGCGGAUCAUCAACCUCGCACGAAUGAUGGAAACCAUAUACAGAAAGUAUGAUUCAUACACGCAUGCUUUGGAUACAAUGAAAGAUCAUAUCACAUCAUUGCUAGUCGAGCCCAUUGCCUUCUGAGAAGAAAGCAACGGUCCCUUAUUUCAUAUAGGUUCACCUACACCUACCUAUCUAGGACAUCGCAGAUUUGCAUAUCUGCUCUGGGUAUCUUGUAGCGUGGGAAUAAGUCCUGUGUUUCCAUAUCUGUUCUUGGUAUCUUAUAGCAUGUGUAAUCCUCUAAAACACUUAUGAUUGUCAUGUGAGCGAGUUAAUUCUCAAUAAAGUUGUACGAUCUUAUUAUA